AUUCCUCUACCUGAUUCUGUUACUGGUAGAUGUGCUCAUACUGUAUCAUCUUUUGUUCUUGAUCCUAAUCAUGUGUUCCUGAUAAUAGUGGGAGGUUAUGUAAAGGGGGAACAGAAACAUGUAGGACCAAUGCAAUGGAUGAAUAUACCUGUGACUGAUCCUAAUAUCACAAUGGUAGUUGAACUAGAAAAAAGAAAGGAAUUGAAUGAAUUCAUGACAGAUAAAGAGAAGGAGCUUCAAGUUAUGAAUGAGUCUUUACGUCAUGAUCUACAAGUGGCUAGAAUUAACAACCAAUCACUUCAGGAAGCACUACUGGAGACUCAAUCACUAUCAGAGAAGAGGAUGCUAACAUUAGAAACACAAUCACUAGAAACUAAGACUCUUCUUACUAAACGAAAGAGAGAUCAAAAGGACUCACCACACUCAGAUCCUAUAUCAGUAGCUGGACUCAGUAGAGAAGCAACUGGAACAAACAACUCAUCAACUAGUGACCAACAAAAUGUUCGUCAACAAGUAGAAAGUCAGGACAGUGAUUCAACUAGUGUUCAGUCCCAAUUAUCAGAAGCUACUAAAUAUGCUGGUCUUGUUUACUAUGAGGAGAAAGGUGUAGAAGAUUUGGUUACCUUUACUGGAGCUAAGAAGCUAAAUGCUCUCCUUGAAUUUAUUAAAAAGACAAAAUCCCAUGCAGAAAUAGGACUUAAUGUUUACUUUCGUAUUGCAUCUCUUGCUGAUGAUGGAUAUAUUGAACUGAAUUUAACUGCUCCACAAGAUGAGCCAUUUACUGGAUGGAGUAUUAAACCUCACAUGAAACCUUGCAGGGUAUGUAUACCGUUGUACAUUAUGUGUUUUGCUUAUGAUUUGGGGGUUUUCCCUUUUCAUGUGGACAUGCAUGUAUACAAUU